AUGGAGCUUUCACUUUGGUUUACCCCAGUUUUGCCUGUAUCUCCUACUCCCCUUCAUCCAUGUGACUGCACUGUUUUAUAUGUUUAACACAAUUAAGUUCUUCUUUCUUCAGUCAUGAUCUUCUACAAAAUAGCUCAGAGAGUUGAAGAAAUAGAAAAGCCAGAGAUAGGGCAUACACGAAACUGGACAGAAGUUCAGGAAUUCACCUUGGAGGGGUUUCCUGCUAUCCAGAACCUUGGGAAGGUUCUUUUCCUGGUACACCUGCUGGCAUACUUGGCGUCCAUCAUGGGAAACAUACUCAUAAUCACCAUUACCUGGGCUGACCAUCGCCUUCAGACACCCAUGUACUUCUUCCUCAGCAGUUUCUCCUUUUUUGAAUGCUGUUUUAUAACCACUGUUAUUCCUAAAUUGCUGGCCAUCUUUCUGUCAGGGAGGCAAUCAAUUUCUUUUGCUGCUUGCUUCACACAAGCGUUUGUCUUUCUUUUCCUGGGAACAACUGUUUUCUUUCUUAUGGCUGUAUUAUCCUUAGAUAGGUACUUGGCCAUUUGCAAACCUCUGUAUUACCCAACCAUCAUGAACCCAAGGAUGUGUUUCCUUCUGGUCGCUGCCUGCUUGUCUUUGGGAUUUGUCCUCAUGGUAGUUCCAAUUAUAAUGCUUUCCCAGGCAUCCUUCUGUGGCUCCCAUGUCAUUCCUCACUUCUUUUGUGAUUUUGGGCCACUGAUUCAUCUCUCUUGUUCUGACACCAGAUCUACUGAAAUGUUGGCCUUUGUCCUUGCUUUGUUUAUCCUUUUGACUUCCCUUCUCAUAACCAUCAUUGCAUACAGCAACAUAGUAGUCACAAUUGUGCGACUUCCAUCAGCCAAGGAGCGACAGAAAGCUUUCUCCACCUGCUCCUCUCACCUCAUUGUCCUCUGUCUGAUGUAUGGAAGCUGUGUCUUUAUAUAUGUGAAACCAAAGCAAACAAAUAGGCUGAACUCCAACAGGGAGGCUGCCCUUGUGAACACAGUGGUGACCCCGCUUUUGAACCCUGUCAUCUACACUCUGCGGAACAAGCAGGUCCACCAAGCUCUGAGGGAUGCUCUGUCCAGGGUGAGAGUGCAGAAAUAG